AUGAUGAGGUAAAAGGGAAAAAAGAAAGACAGAAUUGGGAGUGUGGUGGAAAAGGAUAAGAACAGUGGCUGCAAACUUAUGCCCCUCUCCAAUUAAGAGGGAUGGGAUGGUAAUUUACCAUUCUCAAUUACUCAAUUAGUUAAGAGUUGUGUCUACACUUGUUGCUGCAUGUGACCAAUGUCAGGGAUGGUUUUGUACUUGUGGUUUGUCUUCCUUCUUCUUUUAGCUUCCUCCUAGCUCUGGAGGCCAUUUUGAUGACUAGCAGAGAAAUGGCUGCCUUCUUGCUGUUUCUUGCAUUUUGAUUUACAGUGUGGGAGGCAGCAGCAAAUGGGCUACAUUUCCUCUUUCCUUGAGGCUUGUCUUGUUGUUUUUUCUUGCCCAAAAGGGUGUAUGUUUUAAAAUUUUAUUAUAAUAAUGAUAUUCUCCACACAGCUCAAGGCAGCAUACAUUGUUCUCCCCUACUCCAUUAUAUCCUCACAACAAUUCUGUGAAGUAGGUAAGGCUGAGAGACAGUGAUUGAUCUUAAAUUUCCUAGUGAACUUCAUGUCUGAAUUCGGAUUUGAACGAUGUUGACCAAUUAGGUCAACAAAUCAAUUCAUGCUUUGUUAUAAAGAAUAACAGUAUUCCCAAGUCUGUGGGAAGCCAUUUUGUGCCAAGACAUGGCCCCUGUGGCAGCCAUUUUGUGACUGGUGUCAAUGACAGUCUCUCAAAAUUCCAAAUGUACCCCCCAGCCUCAAAAGUUUGGCAACCACAUAUCUAUAUGUUCCAGACAACUUUGAAAAAAAUACUUGCUGCAGCUCUAUAUUCAGAAGGCCAAAACAACUAGGAGAGAGUAAAAUAUCUGAUUAAUCCAGGAUAAAACCACAGAUGGGUUAGCAUGUAGGAUACAUCUGGAAAAGUGUCUAGGAGCAGGAAAUGGAUCCAUCAUAAACACUGAUUCAUCAGAAUAACUGUGCGGAAAAAGUCAGCUUUCCAUGAAUAUUUCUUGUUUGUAUGUCAGCAAAAUGCUUGUGGUUCUGUGUCAAGGCACUUGCUGUUCCUGUUCUUAUUUGACUAUGAAAACAGAUGAACUGCAAAUCUUGUGAUAUGUUACAAUGUUUAUCCAACAGAGGAAUCUACUACAAUGAAUAUUAAUUAUAACAGAUGACAUAGCAGGCCAAAAAUUACUUAUUUUUGUUGCUGUUAAGCUUUAUUUCAUAAAGCUGUUGCAAGAAAAUGCCUGCGUUUCAAAUGCUUGUGGUAAAUUAAUCAAAGGCCAGAGUAUGUGAAGCGUUGCGUAGACAACUAAGCCUCAUCCACCUAUAAUAUAUGCUACAAAAGAGGAAUAAGAAUGGUCUGUCAUAUCAGGGAAUUUCAUGAAGGUCACUAAGCUGGAAGUCUAUGAAGCCUGCCUUAAUUAUACCUAAUGAUUUUUCAGGUUCUAAGACUGGCUUACAAAGUGGUUUCCUGUUACUGAUUUUGAUUCAGUCUUUUAAAAAUUUGAGAGUUUAGGGAUUUCCAUUGUUUUGUGAAGCAUAAUAGUCAACAGCUGUGACUGAAGUAAUUUUCUGAAACUUUGGCAGAACAAUCAUGGUGUGUGUGUGUGUGUGUGUGUGUGUGUGUGUAGGAGAGUCUGUGGUGGAGCCAGUACUAUUUUAUUGUGUGGGCAGGUAAUCCCUCCCCUACCUGGCCUGGUCUCCUUGGCAACGCUUCCCCCAGGUGGGAUUGGACAACUGACUGAGGUAGGCAGAGACCUCCAGGUAUCCCACCUGAGGGAAGGCAAACCAAGCCUAUGCUGUUGGAGCCGCUCCAGAUCUAGGGGCUGCGCGCGUCCACGCAAAGGGCACCCCCCGUUUUAAGCGGGGAGUGGUCAUUGUGUGUGUGUGUGUGUGUGUGUAGGAGAGUCUGUGGUGGAGCCAGUACUAUUUUUCUAGAAAAAGAGGCGCCGGAACUCAUUGUGAACGCCUUCUUUGUUCUCUUAUAAUAGCAAUGGCACGCACCUAAGAGGUGCUGGAACUGAGUUCCGGCAAAUUCUGGCUGAAAAAAAGCCCUGAGUGGAGCUACCACUAUUUCCUAAGUCCUGCUGACUUGCUGUGGAAGGUGGGAGAGACCUUUCUUCCUUUCUUUCUUUCUUUCUUUCUUUCUUUCUUUCUUAUCUUGGAAUGGAGUAGGAUAGAUACCACAAACAAUAACACCCCAGCUGGACUUGGUGAAGCUGAAGUAUUGCACCCAGCGUCAGACCCCGCUUUUUACAAAGUUUCCCCCCAACCCAGUCAGGUUAAAACUCUGGUCAAAACCACUAGGUUGUCUGAUUAUUUGAAGGAUUUUUAUGUCUUACUGACAAGGACCUCUUUCCUUAAGCCCAGGUCUUAUUAAGGAAGUGAGAAGCUCUGGAUUUGCUUUCCCAAAGGACCCUUGUAAAAGUAUCAUCAGCACACAAAGGGGGUAAGUUAAUAACUGCACAGUCUAGCACACAGGGAAGAGUUUAGGGAGACAUUCUAUAGAAAUUAUUUUAAAAACAAUGAAGCCAAAUACCCAUAUGUUUAAAGAUACUUUGCGUGGGAAAAGGGAGAACACUGUUGAACUCUGUCAGAAUACAAGGGUUCAUCACUAACUCUGAGUGAACUUUUGAAAUAACAGUUUAGACAAUAUAAUAUUUUUAGCUUACUGUAAAAGAAGAAGCUCUACAAUGUUAUAAACCGAGUGGCUGAAAACUAUUUGACUCUUCAAAUACAAGGGUAUAAAAAUAUAAGCAUCAAAAAAGUUGAAGAGCCUCAAAUACUUUAGAUAAACAUCUGUGCUGCAAUUUCUGUGAAUGUCUCUAAUUACCUACCAUUUUAUUAGAGUCCACAGACUUGUUAUGGCCCAUUGGUUUGCUGAUGCAAAAUGUAAGAGAUUUGCAUAACUGAUGAAGCAGCUUAAUUUUAAAAAGAUUAAGCGUCUGCAGGUAUUUUGUCUGAUAUAGAUGUCUGGAGUUCAUUACGUUAUUUUGAUAACCUACCAAGUGCAGUCUUCGUGGAAAAAGGUAACUCAAAUGAGCUUGGAUAUGAAGAUUACUACAUGGAUUUAAAACUAAUGAAAGAAUGUAAACAGUUUUUGGCAGUGUUGAAAAUCUGUUGAUCUAAAUUCACAGAGACUGGUAUGAGUGUUCGAUUUACAAAUUUGGAAAUAAAUAAGUUAAUUAUAAAUUGUAGUGUUUCCAGGGUGUGCAUCGGGGAUUUGAAUUUUUUAAUUAACAUAUUUAUUUAGCAUCAGGAAAUGAAGGUAAACAGCAUGUUAAAAUUGCAGAUAAUAAAUCUGGAGGUGAAGUGAGAAUAAGGUAGGGAGUUACAGUGUUUGGAAGGAAAGGGAGCAUUUCAAAUCAAUUAUGCAGAUUGCUUAGCUGUUGAUAAAUUCAAGAAAAUACUCAUUUUAAAUAGAAUUUCUUCAUUAUGAAUAUAUCCAGGCUGGUGUCAGGAUGCCCACCAGUACCUUCUAUGCAGUGGCGUGCGAUGAAAUUUUUCAUAGGGCAACAGUUAGGGCCAGAGGUGCCAGUUUAUGAGGCCGAUUGGAGAGGGAAAUGGAUAGGGCAUGAUUGUCUCAUCAUAUUCUUGCACAAAAUUAGGGCAACUGGUGACUGAUGCAAUUAUAUGAGGAGGGAACGACCAAGUGCCAGUUGGACCUUACCAGUUGGGUCUUUCUAGUUUACUGGAAAAGGGCAUACUGCCUCUCCCUCUCCCUCUCCUUUCAACAAGCAAGUCAAUACGCUCAAGGUUUUUAUUUCUUCCUUUCCCCCGUAUUUUUAUCCUGCAUUUCUUUUCCAACAGUUAUUUAUUACUGGGCUUCAUAUUUCUUCACAAAAUGUCCCUUGAUAAUAGAGGCUGUUCAUCUCAGCUCACAACCCCCCCCCCCCCAAAUAUUUAUAGCAACUGGUUUAGAGCAGUUUAAUUUCAGAAAUGUCCGUUUCCAACCCCAGAUGUCUAACGAUCUAGUCAAUCCUUACACCGGUUUGAGCCUUCACCUCCUUCUUUGCUCUCGUUCUCUGUUAAAGGCGACAUUAACACCACACUGCUCUGCUGUCUGCUUGAGUGCUCCCUGAGUGUGGCACAAUCUUUCAUAGUGCCAUAAUGCCACCACAGAGAACGUUCUCUCUCUUGCCAUGGAGAGCAAACAUUCAAUAUGCUGCCAGUGCACAGAGCAGGUGUGGUGUAUUCUAGACUAAGCAUGUCAUCUGGGGGUGAGGGGAGAUCGUUCCUGGCAGAGGUAAUAAUGCCUGGGGGUGCAUUAUUGCCCCCUCAUGUACAAGAAACUCAAGUGGGUGGAGAGAAUACCCUCAGAGGUGAUGUGCUGCAAUGAGGGAGAGGGGAGCCCCUGGAAUGUUCAGCUCUUGCUACAGGUGAGCUUUGAAGUUCACGUUUUGAAUAUUGCAGCAAAAACAGGGAAUUUGUAAUUCACUCCAGUGCUUUCCUUCUCGUCUGGCACCUUUCUGUCUGAAUAGCAGAUUGCUUGUUUAAAAGAGGUGGAAGCUGCAUGUGCAGAUAUGAAUAUACAUGGCCAGAAAGCUCCCAAGAAUGAAAAUAAAUAACCCCCGUAUUCAGGUUGUUGUUCUGGAACUUUCAGAGAACAGAGAAACAUCCAGAAUUUUCAAAAACUUUGCAAGGACUUUAUUGUAGAUAAUGAAUCGGAUAGGGUGGGAGGGAAAGAGGGAGGAAUUUCUCUCAAACUUCAUAAAUAUAUCAUGAUUGCACACCUCAGCAUAAACCAGCGCAGAAUACUUUGUAUAUGUGUAUUAAAACUAAUAAUCAAAUAAAAGUCAGUAUUGUACAAAAGCAUUAUCUACUUAUGCUUCGGAAGAUACUAAAACUAUUGAAAAUAUUAAAAACUCAGCUGUCUCUUCAAUUUUAUAUGCAAUAGGUUAUAUUUAAUAUGUGCAGCUUUGUAUUGCUAAGAUUGUAAGAACUGCAGAAGAUUUGUGUGAAAUUGCUUUUACCUUUGGAAUCAAAUGAAUAAUGAAGCAUUUCUAUUAUCAUACCUUGUAUUGUGCUUAUAAUUCUACUGUUACAGUUUGAAGAAUGUUACAUUUUGGAGACAGACAGCUAAGUUGUGUAUCCACAGUAGUGACCAGAGGAGAAAUGACCGCUGGGAGGAGAGAAGAGAGGAGAAACGUUAUGGUGCACGUGUAGCAGCAAAACUGGAUGCCAUCAUCUGCCCCACCUGCAAUAAAAUAUGUUUCUCCCAUAUCGAUCUCUACAGCCAUAGCAGCCACACUCUUCCAUUGUCUCCUGAGACAGACAGAUGCCAACAACAACAGUCUGCAGGAAUGUCUUUUGACUGA